GGACAAAAUUGUUCUCCGAAUAAACAAAAUGACAGCCGCGAUUUACCAUCUUAUCAAUGUUUGCAGGAAACAACUACUGAUGUUGCUGGCCGUGCACGGCGGUUAUCUCCCCUCCGAAUUCCCAUUAUCGCGGCGAAUCAUCUCUGGAAUCCGAAACAAGCCGCCAUUGUCAAUAACUACAAAAGUAAACGACGUUGACAUCCGCUGCGUCCGCGACCUUUACUCUGCUUGCAAUCACUCUUGCUACCGCCGCUUCCCCAACAUCGACCCCGAUGGCCGAGUCGAUCCAGUCGACCUCAACAAACUCCGUAAAGCUCUUCUCCAUAGUUCCAUUUUCAUCGCGGUAUUUUCCCAACCCGAAAUAUUCUCCCAUUUGUCUGGUAUUGGAGGAGAUUUGGUUCGGAUAGUGACGCCCGUGACGCCGUCCAACGGCAAACUGGUUGGGUUGGGUCGUGCAGUAUCCGAUUCUGCGCUCACUGCUUCCAUCUACGAUGUCAUGGUCAUUCCAUCAUUAAGAGGGAAGGGCAUUGGCAGGAGGAUAGUUCAGACGAUAAUUAGGAUGCUUACACGUAAAGGCAUAUAUGAUAUAGCAGCUCUCUGCUCCAGUGUAGAGAUGAUACAUAAGAUCAGUGUCAAAGGAAGUGUUUGGCUAAUCGGCAGAUUUGGGCCUGAUGAUAACUCGAGAUCAGAUGGGAUGCCAUUCUUUAGAGCAUGUGGAUUCGAAGAUGACAUACUGGGAUCAACUACAAUGAUGUACACAGUGUCUACUAAUUGUUGUUCAAACGGAGAUCAAUCAGCUGACUAAAAAAACACAGGCAGAAAGCCGCUGUUAAUUCCUCCAUUGAUAUCUCAGAAGUCAGAACUCAUAUAAAUUACUUCCUCUGGCUUAAAUUUUUUCCUUUUCAAUGCAUUGCUAUUGAAUUUAUAUUCAUUUGCCAUUGCAAUGUUUCUCAAAUGCAAAAAGGAUAUUUUGGUGUGCCUAGUUUACCCCUCUUGGUGUGCAAAACCCACUUUCACAGACCUGCUUAUGUGAAGCUUCAAGAGUUGCCUCCAUCAGCAAACCAAGGCAUGCUGCCAGAGAAAUUAAUAAUGUGGCCAGAGACUCGAUGAUUCGGAACUUAAAAAUAGCUCACAGCUGCAUGGCAAAAACAAAAUGGGGAAAUAUCACAUGAAUAAGUCCAACUAUUAACGCUCUUCUCAUAUUAACUUGAUGUAUGCAUAAUACCAAAAUAUUC